AUGGAUCUCGUCGUCGGCGCCUCAAACAACGCCGUGAAAUCGCUGGUGAACAAGCUCGGGAGCCUCCUCGCGCAGGAGUACACCCUGAUCCGUGGCGUCCGUGAUGACAUCCAGUACAUCACCGACGAGCUGGCCAGCAUGCAGGCCUUCCUCAACAAGAUUAAGCGGGUGGGCGACCAUGACGAGCAGCGCCUGGACUGGAUGAAGCAGGUCCGGGAGGUGUCCUACGACAUCGAGGACUGUGUGGACGACGUCGACCACCGCCUCAGCAGCGAGCCCCGUGGGAGCGGAGCGCUGGUGUAUCUCCGGAAGAAGUGGUAUCUGCUCACCACGCUGUACGCGCGCCACUGCAUCGCCACGGAGAUCGGCAACCUCAAGGCCCGGGCGCAGCACGUCAGCGAGCGGCGCACCAGGUACGGCGUGGAGAACACGGGAAACGUCGAAAACACGGGAGCCAAUGAUCCCCAAGACCGUCUAGUGCCUCCUCCCCAGCUCUUCGGCACCAAGGAGCCGGUGGGCUUGGAGGAUGCCAUGAAGGAGCUAGAGCCAUGGUUCUCCAAUGGGAGCCAGCAAAGCACCUGUAAUCAGCUCAGAUUCCUUGCCAUUUUUGGGUCUGGUGGCCUAGGCAAGACCACUCUUGCCAUGGCGCUUUACCGCAAGUUCGGAGACGAUUUCGGUUGCAGAGCAUCCGUGCUUGCCUCCCAGAAGUUCAAUCUCCGAACAGUUUUGGGAAGGCUUAUAAAGACAUUCCAAGAGCAGAAGUCCGGUGCAUCAAUGGAAGAGAUCGAGGAAACUGACAAAUUGGGAGAAGAGGAACUUAAAAGUAAACUGGACAAUCUACUAAAGAAGAAGAGGUAUCUCAUCUUGAUAGAUGACGUUUGGUCUGUAUCAGCAUGGGAAAAGUUUAGGGAUUCUUUGCCCAAAAAUGAGAAAGGCGGUACCAUAGUGGUGACAACAAGGUUCAAAUCUGUGUCCGAAGCCAUCAUCGUAGUAGCAGGUCUUAUGGCUAGUAAACUGAAGGCAAACAAAGAGUCAAACCUGGACAGCCUGUUGGAAAAGGUUGACAAAGAACUCAGUGCAGUUCAUGCAUUUCUGGGGAACAAUCUCACUACGGAAGGAGUGACACGGAUACUUGACCAAUGCUACAAAGAUUUGCCAGCUGAUCUGAAAACGUGCUUGCUGUACUUGAGCAUGUUUCCCAAGGGUUGCUUGAUCAGUAGAAAGUGCCUCCUCAGAAGAUGGAUAGCCGAAGGGUUCGUUGUCGAGAAGGACGGGAAGACCGUCGAGGAAGUUGCUGAGCACUGUUUCAGUGAACUCAUUGACAGGAACUUGGUCCGUCCGGUCAACAACAGCAGCAACGGCAAGGUGAAGAGCUGUCAGAUUCAUGACAUGGUUCUGGAGUACAUUGUUGCCAAGUCAAGCGACGAGAAUUUCAUCACUGUGUUUGGUGGUCACUGGCAAACGCCAUUUCCGAGCUACAAGGUGCGUCGUCUGUCCGUUCAGAGGAGUGAUGGGAAAGAGAGUGAAAAGGUAGGGAGGAUGAGACUGUCCCACGUCAGAUCCUUAACGGCACUAGGGAGUUUGAGAGCGCUUCAUUCUACUUUGCACAAGUUUCAGAUACUCCAGGUGCUAGAUCUUGAAGGCUGCAAGGAUUUGUCCUACAAGCAACUUAAGAAAAUAUGUAAAAUGCACCAGUUGAAGUACCUGAGCCUGCGCCGGACAGACGUAGAGGAGAUCCCACCCAAAAUUGGCCGGGUGGAAUCUCUGGAAGUGCUUGACAUAAGGGAGACGAGCAUCACAAAAUUGCCAGAGUCUGUUGAUAAGCUUCAGAGAAUGGCGCACCUACUUGCUGACAACAAGAACAAGCGGCAUGCAUUGAAAUUAACUGAAGGGAUCACAAAAAUGACGGCUUUACAUACACUCUCUGGGGUUGAGAUCUGUACCGAUUUAGCUACUGAAGUGCUUAGAGACUUGCAGAAACUUACCAACCUGAGGAAAUUCACCAUCUACAAAGUUAGUUGUACCCCAGGCAACUACGAGUUACUGCUGUCUGCCAUUGAGCAUCUGAGCAGUUGCUCCCUCAAGUAUCUUGCAAUUGAUGAUGAUUUCACCAGAUUUCUUGACACCUCACUGAAUGAUUCACAAGCCCCACCAGAGCACCUGCACACCCUCGGGCUCUCUGGCAAGUUGUCUCAAGUGCCCAAGUGGAUUGUCAGUCUGCACAACCUUGAGAAGCUAACCUUGUCGUUAACUUCACUCACAACUGAUGCUCUGCUGGUUCUUGCUGAGCUACCCGAGCUGUUCUCUCUCAUUUUCUCACUCGACCCAACCAGGAACAAUGCUCUGAAGACCCUUUAUGAUAACACAAUCAAGUCAGGUGGCAAGAUCUUUGUGCCAGCUGAAGGAUUCCGAAAGCUUAAACUGCUAUGCUUUGCCGCACCUGUGCUGCCCCCUGUGAGCUUCCUGGAAGGGGCAAUGCCAGUGCUUCAGAGGAUUGAGCUGAGGUUCAGAAUGGUAGAGGGUGUCUAUGGCCUGGAAAAUCUUUCAAGUAUCCAACAGGUAGUCCUGACUGUCAGCAGUCAGGCGCCUAAAGAUGCCAAGGAAAAGGCGCAACAAGUCAAGGAAUUAGCAUGCAUUAUUCAUGGGAAGGGUAAUGCUCUCAGCGUGGUUCUCGAUGAGUACAACGAAUCAACAGAACAGAAGUAG